GUCACGGCGCGUUGUGUCUCCCUUCUUUGGGUCCGGCUUUCAUGUCGGCGUUAACGACAAGAAAAAAAAGGGAGCCGGUUGUUUUUUCUGGUCCGCCCCGUUAUUCCCUCCCCGUCUCUUCACUUUACCACCCCCACCCCCUCCAGCCCAGUUACCGGGCCGGCUCGGCGGUGGAAGCAAGGCCCGGUUUUUAAACCCUCGGUCGCUCGAUCGACUAUCAUUUUCGUUGCCGUUAUUACCGUGACACCACGUACAUUUAAAAAAUAUAUAUAUCGAGAUUGUUCUAUUUUGCCCGGCCGCGCGGGUCGGUGGCGGGGCGGACACAGACAGAGACAGAGACAGAGACAGAGAGUGAUCGCCGAGUGAUGAAGAAAUUCUUCGACUCCCGGCGGGAGGCGGCGGGCUCGGGUUCGGGAGGCGGCGGCGGCGGCGGUGGAGGUGGAGGAGGAGGAGGCGGCAGCAGCGGCGGGGGCGGCGGCUUAUGCCCCGGCAGCGGCUUCAUCGGCCGGGUGUUCAGUGUGGGCCGGCAGCAGGUCACUGUGGAGGAGGUGGUGGCUGAAGGUGGUUUUGCUAUUGUGUUCCUGGUGAAGACUCAUAAUGGGGUUAAAAGUGCACUGAAGAGGAUGUAUGUCAACAAUGAACACGAUCUGCAGGUCUGCAAGCGAGAGAUCCAGAUCAUGAGGGACCUGGCAGGGCACAAGAAUAUUGUCGGAUAUAUCGAUUCUAGUACAACAGCUGUCAGCUCCGGAGAGGUCUGGGAAGUGCUGAUCCUGAUGGAUUUUUGUCGAGGAGGUCAAGUAGUGAACCUGAUGAACCAGCGGUUGCAGACUGGUUUCACUGAGAACGAAGUUUUGCAGAUAUUCUGUGACACGUGUGAAGCAGUUGCAAGGUUGCACCAGUGCAAAACGCCCAUCAUCCAUCGGGAUUUAAAGGUUGAAAAUAUACUGCUUCAUGACAAAGGGCAUUAUGUCCUCUGUGAUUUUGGAAGUGCAACUAAUAAAUUCCAGAAUCCAAAGGUUGAAGGAGUCAAUUUAGUUGAAGAUGAAAUUAAAAAGUAUACAACUUUGUCCUACCGAGCUCCUGAAAUGGUCAACCUUUACUGUGGCAAACCCAUUACUACGAAGGCUGAUAUUUGGGCUCUUGGAUGUUUACUGUACAAACUUUGCUUUUUUACGCUACCAUUUGGAGAAAGCCAAGUUGCAAUCUGUGAUGGGAGCUUUACAAUUCCAGACAACUCCAAGUACUCCACCGAGAUGCACUGCCUAAUAAGAUUUAUGCUCGAACCAGAUCCAGACAAGAGACCUGACAUUUACCAGGUGUCAUACUUUGCAUUUAAACAAAUUGGGAAGGAGUGCCCCGUCCAGAAUGUCAGUAACUCUCCCAUUCCAGCCAAGCUUGUUGAGCCAGUUAAAGCCAGCGAAGCUGCAGCUAAGAAGACACAGCCCAAGGCAAGGCUCACAGACCCAACUCCUCCAACUGAGACCUCAAUAGCUCCUCGCCAAAGGCCGAAAGCUGGACAGGCUCCAGCCAACCCGGGCAUGCUGCCCAUCCAGCCUUCUCUGACCCCACGGAAAAGGCCAUCUACCCAGGCAGCCGUACCGCCAGCAGGUGUUGUUCUCGGCAGCGGCCACAACACCCAGCCACCAGGCCUACAGCCGCUUCAGCAACAACCAAGGCCUCAGUUGCAACAGCCGCAAUUGGUGCUGCAAUCGAAGCAACCCCAGGCAGCAGCAGUGCAGCAGAAGCAGGCGCAUGCUCCACCCCAGCCACAAGCAGCAGGGCAGCCUCCACCAGCCCCACAACAAGCAGCUAUACAACCGCAACUCUUCGUGCAGCAGCAGCAGCAGCAGAUGAUGGCUCAGCAGUACCACGCCAUGCAGCAAGCAUUGCAACAUCAGAUGAUGCAGAAUUACUAUCUCCAGCAACAGCAGCUUGCCACAGUCGUGCAGCAGAUACAAUACGUGAGCCAGCAAGCUGCUCCUGCCCAGUCACAGCUGACUGCAGCACUCCCACAGCAUACACCAUUACCUCCACAGCAACAACAUACUGCAGCACCACAAGCAGCCUCUCAGGAACAGGGAAUGACCCAGAUACAACAGCAGCAGCAGCAACCACAAGUAGCCCCAAACCAGUCUCCAAAAAUGGUGUCGGUGUCGCUGACUCCUCCAUCGUCGCCGAAGACUCAGCGUUCCGGCCACAGAAGGAUCCUGAGUGAUGUCACGUACAGUGCAGUGUUUGGUGUUCCAGUCAGUAAAUCAACCCAGCUUCUGGCAGCUGCAGCUGCUGAAGCUGGUUUAAACAAAUCCAAGUCGGCUACAACCACUCCCUCGGGAUCUCCACGGACCUCUCAGCAGAACGUCUACAAUCCUCCAGACGUGUCUACGUGGAAUCCUUUUGCUGAUGACAAUUUCUCCAAACUCACUGCCGAGGAGCUGCUCAACAAGGACUUUGAGAAGCUCAAGGACGGUAAGGCUGAGCAGACCAACACAUCGACCGAGAGCCUGAUCCCUGGGCUUCCAGCAGCUCCGGCGCAGUCACAGACGGAUGCUUUCGGAAUUGACCCCUUCGCAAGUGGUGCAGCAGAAAAGUCCACAGAGCUGUUUGUUCCGGAUGCUGCCAUCCCAGCAAUCAACGUACCUGACCCUUUCACUCCUGUUACAUCAUCAGAGCAACCAGAAAAGCUCAUUGAAGGUCUGAAGUCUCCUGAGACUUCAUUUCUGCUCCCUGAUCUUUUACCUCUUGGUGACCCCUUUGGCAGUACUGAGGAUAAUAUCAACGGAAAAGCUGAGAUAGCGGUUGGAAAUCUCAUACCUGGAUUUGAGCCCUCACAGCCUCAGCAACUGCCUCCAGUGCAGGUGGAAUCUUUAAGUGUUGUGGCCGCAAAAAAUGCCGCAGACUCUCUCACCGGAGAGGACUCCAUUCUUGACUAUUCUCUCCUCUCUAACCCAGUGACUGAAAUAAUUGAUGAAUUUACUCCCGUAAUUUCGUCUGGUCAGGUUAAGCCAGAGGAUACUAACCUCAUCUCAGACUUUGAUCUGUCUAUUAAAAAUGACAAAGUGGAAGAAGAUGAAUUUGACCCCAUUCCCGUGUUAUCAAAAAAUUCGCAAGGUCAUUCUAGAAACAACAGUGGGAGCUCUGAAUCCAGUCUUCCCAACUUAGCUAGGUCUUUACUGCUUGUCGAUCAACUGAUAGACCUGUAGGAUGGCCCAGCAAGCACGUUAAGUUCAGCAGUCCUCUUCAUCAACAUUUUCAUUCCCUCUGGAUUUUCCAUGCAACCUGUGACGAGGGCUUUUCUAACUGAGGAACUGAGCUGCAUUUCCACUUUCUUGUCUUAACUUACUGUUGUGUCCUAUUUAACCAGCAUGUCCUUUCUGACAUUUUUCAUGAUUAAAAUAGAUUUGUUCUUGACAUUUUUGGCAGAAGUGCAAUGAGGAAGAAAGAAUACUGUUGCACUAAUUCAAGGCGAAAUUGUCACAUCGCGAAGCUCCAGAUUACUGUGGAACUGCCAGUAUCGACACGUUAUGUGAUAGUUUAUACACAGAAGCAAAAUCUGCUUGUUUCUAGAAAUGAUGUGACAAAGAUUGACAGCUUGUCGAGUUGUGGAGAAUCUUGACUAAAGACUUUUACAGGUUUGCAUUUCAGACAGAAGUUACAUUGCCCCUGACUUGCAUUCAUGUGGUAAUGGAACCUUUUGAUACACAAAAAAAAAUUGAAAUUAGCAUGACUUGAGACUUGUCCCAAAGGUAAUGUUGGAUUUAGGACAUGUUUUAUUUUAUGUAUGAGGAUGGAGAACUCUGGUAAUCUGUCUGACUAUUAUUUUGACAGCUUGGCACCAGGAAAUAAAAAUAACAAUAUACUGGACCAGAGCUAAUAAGAUCCCAAAGUUGACAAGAAAAUGUUUUGACCCCUAACAUACCAUUAAGCCACUUGUUUCAGGAAAGAAAGAACCAAGGAAUGGAUAGGACAGCGAAAGAUCAUUCAAUCUUUUCACUAUCUUUCUUUUUCAAAGCUGUCUUUAAAAGUCAUUCAAAUGAGAUAUGUAACAUUUUUGAAUUGAGAUGUGUUACUUGAAUUGUAUCUAUACUAGACAGGAAGCCUUGAGCAAUAUACGUUGAAAACUCAUCAGUGUUACAGUAAAGGCCGAAUGUGCAAUGACUUGUUUCAAUGUACAGAUCACUGUUAAGUUAUGCUCUUUCUUUGGUGAAACUAUUAAGCACUGUUAAAUAAGUCAUUCAACUUCCAUCUCUCUCCUUCUCUAUCCCUGUUUCUCUUGUCCUCACAAACAAAAUAUGUGCUGUUUGGUUGGAAUAGCAAACUCUGAAGUAACUAGAUCUGCCCAUCCUUGCACACUUGGAAAAUAUUGCAGCAUUUUAAAGCACUGUUUCACUUUGAGGAAAUUGAAAACUAUUUCUGAUGCACUUUUUAUUGUGGAUAAGAGCUGCCAAAAUAGAAUUUUACAAUGCAGUUUUGGAGGUUGAAAUCUGCAGUCCCGUGUGAUGCAUGGAUCCACAUGACUUUUCUGCUGAGCCCAUUUCUUGAUACGCAAACUGGAAUCUCAAAGAGAGAGGAUGAACAGAUGUUUAGGAAUGAAAUAUUUUGAAUGCUGUUGUGUUGCCUUCCUGCACAUCCCUCCUCUGUACUUGUUUCUGAUAGAAUGUAGUGCUUUGAAUCAAAUAGUCCUCACACCAGUAACAAUGCACAGUAAUGUGGUAUCUGCAAUCUUACAUUGUGAAAUGGCAGUGAGAUUUCUGGCAUUUAUUGAAGUGGGAUUGAUUUCAAGGCAAUGAGAUUCUGUAAAUUGUAAAGUAAAAAGUUGUUUUCUGUAAAUUGAGUGGCUUGAGAUGAAGCAUUGUCAGAACAUAAGCACAGCUUCAGUCAUGUUGCUAAGACAUCCUGUCAGUUGUUGCAAGCUUGACUAUUAUUAUCUGCAAAUCACAAGUGUACUAAUCAUAAUGUUUUGACAACAUUGAAAAUGCAGCCCAAGGAUUCAGAUGCAGACUAUGUGUCUAUUAUAAUGUAAUUUAUUUUGCAACAGUGCUUCUUUAUUAAGAGUUUUGUCCCUCUGCAAUGAUUAUCUGGGGUAGGAGGAGGAGCAGGUUUACUCUGAACAGGAUUUCAUUACUUAAAUACAUGUUGGGUAUUAUUUUUCAAGGCAAGGAAGGAAAGCUGACUAUUUGAUGCACAUAUACAUCUUUCCUUCAUUGUUCAGAGAGCAUGAUAAUGUCAGGGAAGCAAGAUGUUCACCAGUGGCUUUCAGAAGAAACUAAGAUAACUACUUGAAGGAGCAAAAUAAUUACUGAUCCAAGCCAAGCAAAGGAGAUUGGGACUAACUGGAUUGUUCUUGGCAAGAGCUGGCACAUUAUCAAUGAGCUGAAUGGUCUCCGUCAGUUCUGUACUUGUUUUAAGAUUCAAAUUUUUUUGAUGAGCUGAUAUGCGUGAAUGGCCCAUUGAUUCCAGAAGAGCUCCUUCUGGUAGAGAGAGACCGGAUUUCUACUUUGCAUGAGUUUCUCUGUUCUGGAUCCAAAUUGCACUCACUGCUGCUAAGAAAAUUGGAACCUUCUGCAUUUCUUAAGGCAUUGAACUGUCAGCAGUUCUAAUUUCUUAAACUUGCAGGAUUCAAGUGACACUGCGGCAAAAUGGAAAUUAGCAAGCAAUAAUAGGUGUCAGGCGGAAUGGAUUUUCCCACCCAACUUCAAAACAUAAGGACCAGUUAACCAAAGUCACACAAGGGAUUAGCAUCAAAGGAUUUAAGUGACUCCCUGGAGGAAAAGAAUACAUUUUCUGGCAAUUAGGAAUAUAAUUGAUCAAAAAGAAAAUGUCACACAGUGUUGCGUUCAUUAUUUUGUGUACAACAUUUCCCUAUUUUUGCUAGAAGACUGCCUUGUGAUUGAUCCUGCUGUCUCAUCCAGGUGUAGACCGAGACAAGGGCACAUGAGACUAUUGGAAUUCCAAGCUGAUAAGCCAGACCUCUGAAUCUGAGGGACUGGUACAGAUAAGGUGAUCUUGCCAUUGAGUAGAACAGACAGUUUGAAGGAGAGGAGAUGGUGACAAGUUGGCUGUGUUGUGCUUCAUCCAGUGAUACAUAUAGUGGACCAGAUCAGUCUUAAAUCCACAAAAUAUAAAAUAAGGAUCUGUUUUAAUGAAGGAAAUUUGCACCGUUUGUUCACUCUGAGUCAACUUUACCCACUAGAAACUGAUGGAUUGACAGAUGUAUUCUGAGUGUAAGCUAGUAUUUUAGAAUACCAUGUUGGGAAGGUAGAAAUGGUCACUGCACACCAUUGUCCUUGAUUUGAUUACGUCAACAGAAACAGUUUUGCAACCUAAUUUUGCACUUGCAUCUUUCAAAAAGGUGCAUGCUUGAUUUGAUCUUCACAGAAUUAGUGACUGAUGCCUGUGAAGCUGAUGUUAAUUUAUUGGAAAUGAUGGCUGAGCUGGGCCUCAAAGUGGAUUGAUGCAGUACACAUGAGGAAGCCAUUUUUCAACUUUAGAUGUUACAGUAUGCCUUGAUUAACAAUCAAGUGUCAUGAGAAGUGACUCUCUGAAGGGGCAUUACUCUAUAGGAGCAGAACUAAACUGUUAGGCCCAUGAAGUGCAUUGAAUUUGGUGAUUGAUUCGUAUUUAGCAUCAUUAAUAAUGGUUAAGUCAUGAGAGAGAGGUUGAUUCUUGAGACAAAGUGUUCACCUGACUUUGCUGUUUAAAUCUUUUUUCUUUGUAACAUUCUCAGGGUGAAUCACAGAAUUGGUAUAUUUGUUUUGACUUUCUUUCGCCUCUCUUUCAAUAACUUUGUGUUCAGAAAAGGAAAUGGUUUUUAAGCAAGAGAUUGUCAAUGGCCAGUCAUUGAGUGAGAUGUGUCUCAGUGCAGCUGGCUUACGGCGAUUAGUUAUUUUGCUGCAUGUAGUAAAGGGCAUUGUGGAUGAACCUCCUGAGUGAACUUGAACAGUGUCAUUUUAUUCCUGUAGUUCUUCAGCUGAGAGUGUUUAAUGUCUAGGAACCAGGAAAGGGGAGAAAAAAGGAAUGAAGAGGUCAUUGACUAUUUUCAACAGCAUUUUUUAGCUCGUUUGACACUUCUGCUCACCAUUAAGCUGACUGGGCAAAGAAAAUGAAUUCUGGGCUGUUCAAAGCAUGCCUCGCUACUGGGAAAGGAAGAUACAUGGAUUGGUGUUUUCCUAAAUUAACGUCCUUAUUGGGCUGUAAUCCGGCAUAUAGGAUUCUGUUUUGUUCUCCAGCGUACACUACCAGUGGAUACUCUGGGAGUCAAAAUGUCAAAUUUGUUGGUGUCAAUCUCCUAUCAGUGUGAACCUUUAGAUAUGAACACUGUUCAGACUUGCAUAGGGGUUGCUUGUUUGUCAAAGUACGGCAGAAACUGUAACCAGUGCAGGAAUUCCAUUCUCAGUCGAGUGUUUGCUCUGACUGUGACAAGUAGAACUCGCAUGGAUGUUGGUGUGAAUCAUUGUUUUCUGCUACUUAUUACAUUCCCCGGAUUGUUCUGAAAAAUGAGAAGUUAUUGACUGUUCUGUUUGCCAUGUCAGAAUAAAGAAACUGGAAUUGUCUUCCAUCUUUUGUCAUGACCUUACAGUGAACCCCUUUGUAGUCGGCUGAGAGCAGCUAGAAUGGAAUUCUGGAAUUAAUUGUUAUUUUUAUUAUAGGUCAAUCUCAUUUCAAACAAUGAGAAGUUGACAUAGGUUGAAAUUAUCCAUAUUAGGUUUUUAAAUAUGGCAAUGGAACUCCAAGUCAAUGCUCAAAAGCAUUGGGACAGGUUGAAAGAAGGUGAGAAUGAAGUAAGCAGGAUGUAAUGGUUGGAUAUGUUAGAGUUAAAUGGUAAGGUGGGGACUAAAGCCCCCGGAACUCAAAAUCCUGCCAUUGUAACGGACAUCUCCAUUCGUGCAGGAAGACAAAUCAACUUCUCCAUCAAGCUUGCCACACACAUACUGCCUGCAAGUACGUUAUUUGUUUCUUCUUUAGAGGACUCAUCACCAAAUCACCCAGUCACCUCAUUAAAACAUUUGGUUAUAAGCACUGUCCAUCAGGGGUUUUGCAACAAUUAUGUUGUCAAGUCACCAUAGUCUUAACAGACCAUUGGUCUCUUAUGAGAGGGAGAGAGAUGACUGGUGAUGGUUUAAUUUGAGGUCCAUCACAUCUCAGGCGAGAGGAGAAGUUGAGAAGGAGAGUCGUUCAUGGUAACCCCAGCCAGCUUGGGAAUUGAAGCUGCAUUGUAGGCAUCGCAGUGCUUUGCAAACCACCGGUCCAGCCAACUGAGCUAAACCGAACCCCAACCCAUGCAACAAUAACAUAUUAGGAAGGGAAGGAAAAGAGGGAAGGGAUUAAAUUAACAUCGAAUUGGUGGGGGAGAUAAUGCACUCCAGGCCUUGUGGUACCUAUCUUUUCAUGAAUGCUUCAAGGGUCCUCCAAGGGCACUUGGACACAAACAAUGCCAUUUGAGAGAGGUAGGCAUUCAGGAUUUACAACCGUCUCCAAGCCCCACUGCCUGGACUUGCCGAUGCCUGCUUCAGCCGGGCUCACAAAGAGAAACACAUUCUUCGUCCACCCUUCCCUUCCACCUCACCACCUGAUUGGGAAUGGGGUAGAGGGGGAACUUGUGAGGGGGAGCAAUUCAAGAAAAGAUUGGCAAAUGACACUCGGGCACUUUUACAACAAUGGGCAGUAAUUACAUAUCUGGUUCAUAAAUGUCCUUUGGGGGAAAGAAACAGUUGUUCUUAACUGGCCUGGCUUUCAUGUGACUCCUUGUCCUCAGUAACAGAGUUCACUCUUAAUUGCCCAAUGCGAGAUUCAGGGUAGGCAAUAAAUGCUCAACAAACCAGUAACGCCGUCAACUAAUAACUGAACUAAAAACAAAGAUCUGGAAGAAGCCAAAGUCUCUGAUGCUUAACAGUAAAUUUCGAAGUAACUGAAAUUAUUUAUGCAUGGAGUCAUUCUCCGAUGCCUCUCUUGUAAUUUUUCCAAGGCCACCCACCAGUGGAAAUGACCGAUAUUGGGCACGUCACAACAGAUGCAGUCUAACCAAAGGCUUACACAAUUAAUUGAGUAGCAUCCUUUGGUUUCUGCUGAAUGGUUUCAUUUCCACAACCCAAUAUUGUGUUUCAGAGCGCUUUUCUGUAUAGGCUGUAAAACGUGGCUAAUGCGCAGUAAAAUCUCAAUCUCUUGUCUCUCUUAACCACUUACAGCACCGUUCCUACUAAAUGAUGAACAUACUCGAGAGUUGGUCCCACCAACGCACUUGUCACUGUAAUUUUUGAGCUUAGAUGAUACUAGCUGUUGUCUGGCUGAGGCUCCUUGCCUCAUCUAGAUGUCUUUGCAUCAAAUUGUGUUUCUCUGCUGUCUUUAAAUCAUGUUCAGAUUGGUGUAAUUGCAAUCUUAACCAUCAUAUUCCCAAUGCUGCUAUCCAGUACAUGAUAAAAUCUCUUAACUGGAGGUGGCCUUGGACUGAUUCCUGGAGGUGACCAACAGGAACUUGCAUCCAAGCUGAACCAUAUUGAUGAAUUACAAUUUGUUUGAUUUGGACCAGCUCCAAAUGCCUUGUAUCAAAUUAACCAUUUGUAAAGUUGCAUGUUAUCCAAGCUUUCAGCCAAUCUUGAGGAUAUAAUGGCUAUCAUAGUUACGCCAUCCUCUUGUAGAGUAAUGUGGUGAGUAGUCGCAAUUAGCCUUAGCUUUUCGGAGCCAUGUUAAGUCCAGGGUAUAUCUCAUAAUCUGUUCUCUUUACUAUUCGUUGUCAAGGUCACCUGUUGGAUCUGCCUCUUGGGUACUGUAGUGUUAUAGUAUUUGUUUAGGAAAUCUGGGGAUGAUGAAGGAAGUUUGUACUUCCUGAUGUUCUCAUCUGACAAAUGUGACAAAGGCACAUGUCAACAUAUUAAUAAAGAUUGUUGUAUUAUCAGACAAGGUGGGAUAAGUAAUAUGUGCAUGUCAGUAUAUUCAACUUGAAUUCCAUUUGUGUCAUUUUGAAAGACAAGAUAAAUUCCAUAUGCAGUAACUUGUCUGGCGUAUGUCUGACUUAGCUUUCCAAUACCUGCUCCUCCUCCUGUGUUCACCUUUCAUAGUUCCACUAUGUACUGUACUGAAUUCCCGUAACGUCACUUUAUCAUCUGCACCCACAUACACCUAACUACGAGAUAGCACCGAGAUAUGCCUGGAUUGUAAAGGACUCAAUCUGAACAGAUUUUCAGCAUCUGAUAGAUAUGUGAUUAAACAGUUGCAAACAUUGCCAGUUCUGUGUAACGUUUUCCUUUUCCAGUGAUGAAUUAUGUUGUGUUUAUUCUUGUUCCAGUGUUGCAUCAGCAAUAAAAUUAAUUUCAACAUCACUAGUUUCUGCUUGUCACGCCUGCAAGAUUUCAUCUUGGCCUGCCAAAAUUGAGUUGACAGAUAAAAUUGGACUUGGACAGAAAAAUAAAAUGUGGUCCCAACAAUCUGGUCAAAAUUAAGCAUCACUAAUUGGGUCAGUAUUGUGCAGUGGCUGAAAUUUACUACAGUUCAAAUGAUUUGAACCAUGCUUUGUGAGUUAUUGGAAAGGAACUAUUUUUAAUGUUCUGUUAUCCUUGCAAUGCAUCAAGUGAAGUUGGCUUUGUCAAAUCUGAAAAGCAAAUUCUGCACACAGGGUUGUGAAGUGCUGUUGCGCACCUUGCAUGGUGACCCACAUGAUGAAUGUCGAUCGUAAACUUCAUAAGGAGAACCAUUGGUAGCCGAAGUUCAGGGGCUCUGCUGACAAGACGAUGAGGUUAUUUCAACCUCUGUUGUGUGGGCCAAAGUUGAUCAUAAUGCAUCAACCUUGUUGCUGCCCUCACAUAGACGAGUGUCUUGCUUCCAAUUUCACUGGGCAGCGAAGGCCAAGACAAAGUGAUCACCUCGGAGUGGCAUUCUGGUGCUAUCUCGCUGGACAUUCUAUCUGCCAAAUCCUGCUGAUGCAGGCGUAUGUUGCUGAUAAGAUCCACAAUGGCUUGGGAAUGCAAGCCAAUACUCUCACCUUCCCUGGGUGCCCCGUAUCACAUUUCUUUGACUCCCUCACCUUGCUAUGGGUUCACUGGAAGGAAAGCCAAGGUAUGUGUGAAAUCUGUCAUGCACAUAUGAGCAGAUUCUGCUGAUCUGUUUUUUACUGGUACACUGCACAAAACUGAAGCCGGCCACAAAAAGAGCUUGCAAGAAGUCAGUCUUGAAUCUAUAAUUAGUGGUGAAAAAGCAUUUAUAAAAUUUGGUCCUUCUUUCAGAGUAAGAAUGGCUUUCAACAUCAACCUUGAUCAUGAAAUGAGCUAAUAAUGUGACAACAUCCAGUCAGCUUCAUUCUGUAGCUAUUCAUAUAAUGUUGGUUCUUGUUCGGCACCCUGGUUUAAGCCAUUUCAAGCCAAUCUGUAUUCACAUAUUUUGUUUCGAUAAUUAAUUAAAGUUCCUGCUGUGAUUUAUUUAUGUCCCUUCUAAUAACUGGACUCAGCUGCAUUCUAAUUGUUCUUGCCAAUGUCUUUAUUGUUGUAACCUGAAGUCACAUUUUUGUAACCUGCACUUUAUUCCUCAUUUGUUUUGCUUAGAACAGAACUAAUGUUAUUUUUCUAACUCCAUCAAUUGAAAUCAUCUACGUUUGAACUGCCUGUUAAAAUGUCCUCUCCAAUCUGAGGUUUUAUUGGAGGCUCAUGUGUUGCAAACCUAUGCAACCUCUGCUACUGUAGUUUCAAAUCAUUGUGGGUUAGCAAGUAGAUCUCUUGAAGGUCAGUCCUAUCUCCCUUUGCUUUUGUAUUUGUAUCGAAUCAGAAUAUGCUGUUGUGGCUUGUAGUUAUUCCAGCUGCAGUAUUGUGUGAUUCUAGUGUACAUUGUGUGACGUAUGUUGUAUGUGCACUCUUCAAAACCUUUACCAAGGGAGGUGCUCUGGUUUAACACAAAAUCAUUGGGUAUUAUUUAAAGUAAAGGGUUUAUCACAAGCAGUGCAAGAAAAAAACUCUGUACCCGGAUUUGUGAUAUAAUCAGGACAGCAAUUGUGAAACCCUCUUCGAGAGGCUUUGAUUUGCUUUGACUUUGCUGUAUGAUUUCAAACUUCUAGCACCUGUGUAUUUUUUUCUCUCUCCCUGGCUUACACAGACAGUGUGUCAAUGAAACGUUUUAUUUCUGCUCUUCCACAUGGAACCUGCUUCUGUGUUCUCCAGAUUAAGCUUUUAGAAUGCACCUUGUUGUUUUGGUUUCCCUUACUCCUCGAAGAGGCUGAGUUCCUGGCUCAACGCAUAGUAAAAUGCGUAAGUGACCACCCUUCAUGUGGCACUGGCUGACAAAGUCCCUCUUCUGCAUUGUGCCUUGGCAAAAGUGGAAGAGGGGCAUAGCCAGGUGACCAGUGACAACGCUACCCCACCCCAAACCACCAUGGCCUGCUUGCCAACCAUCGUUCUUGUUGCAAGAAGAGCCCUGAAGUCCUGUGUAACUCCCGCGAAAGGAGAGGUGUACCAGCCCCAUUCUCUGCAGUCACAGUACUUAUUGGCAUGCUUGUUGACAUUAAGUAGUGCAGAAGAGUGAAUGUUUGAAGCAUUACUGAGCAGAGUAAAGCUACAAAUCAAAGCAGACUAUUUUUGUACAGAUUCUAGUGACUAAAGGGGGGGAUUGCCAAUGAUGACGUUGUAUCUAUACUUUACAUUGUAAUGUAUCCAAGUGAUCACUUUCCCAAUAAAUAAUGU